CUCGUUGGUAGAUCAAAGAUAAUUGAUACAAUAUACCGCCAUCUACUGUACAGAACCACAAACGCGGUUCAUACCUGUACACGCUAAUGAGAUGUUUCUUCCUUUUCUUAUGUGACGGCACUCAAUGUUAUCUCCUUUGCUGCCAACAUAAAGGCUAGGGUUAGGGUUUAAUAUUUUGAUUUUCGACAAUAAAUUCAUAUUCUCGAAUCACAGUUUAAAAUAGUUUUAAAAUUAAAAGGGUUUUUUUUUUUUUAAGUUUGUGUAUGGCAGAGGUAAUGAAAUAGGCGCUAAAUAAAGAAAACAGUGUACAUACAUUAGUGUGUCCAUUUAGAAACCACACUAAUGUUUGGACUCGCAUGUGUAACUCUCACACGCCGCUGACCCACCCCCAUACCCAUUCUCACAGCGUCAUGGGUCACUAUGGAAACGGCAGUGAACACAAACGGCUCGUGACGAGCGGGCUGCAGUCUGGGUGUUCGCCUCUGUUUUUUGUUUCUAUGACACAAAUAUGGAGAAGUACGAGAUGGUCUUGCGGUUGGGCAGCGGAGGAGCGGCAGACGUGUUUCUCAUGAGACACGUGGAACGGAAGUGCCUGUACGCGGUGAAGAGGAUAAAGGCGGAGACCACGAAGAGGGCAAAAACGCAGAGGGCCAUUCUCCAGGAAGCAGAAAUUAUCAAAAGGCUGGAGCAUCCUCACAUUGUGAAAUGCAGCGAGGCCUUUGUGAACUCCGACGAUGGGUUCGUUUACAUUGUGAUGAGCUACUGCGAUGGAGGGACUUUGGAUGACAGAGUAAAGGAGAGGAAACCAGGGGAGUUCUUCACAGAGCACACUGUGAUGGGCUGGUUUGUCCAGGUCGCUAUGGCUGUAAAUUACAUACACACAGCUAAAAUACUUCACAGGGACAUCAAACCCUCUAAUGUGCUGCUGACAAAGCAAGGUGUGGUAAAGUUAGGGGAUUUUGGCAUAUCCAGAAUAAUGACUAACACAGCCGAUAUGGCUUCCACAUGUGUUGGGACACCCAGCUACCUAAGUCCCGAGCUUUGCCAGGACAUCCCGUACAGCUGCAAGUCCGACAUCUGGGCUCUUGGUUGUCUCCUGUAUGAGCUCUGUGCUCUCAGGCCUGCUUUUGCAGCCACAAAUCUCCUGAGUCUGUUCAAUAAGAUCACCAAAGGAGAGUACCACCCGGUGCCUGACUUGUUCUCAGAUAGUAUUUCCUCAUUAAUCCAGAGCAUGCUCAACCUCAAUCCGGACAACAGGCCCAGUGCUGCUUUUAUACUUAGCAGUGCCUAUGUGCGAGAUCACCUGCAAUCUAUCAAAGACACAGAGACAGACUGCUGCACGCCUGUGGCUCACAUUAAUUUGGAAGUUCAAAAAGAAGACAUCAACACAACACUUCAACCCUGUUUUGCCAGUCAGUCCUACUCUUGGGAAGAGAAAGAACAAAGUAUGGAGGUCAGUUUCUCCUCUGCCGAUGUAGAGGAGGAAGAUGAACAGAACCAAUGCCACUAUCCUGAGGAUUUUGAUGAUGAUGGAAGCUUGUCUUCUCUGGAGGGACAAAGUAAACAGUCUGGGUUGGCAAUGAGGAGCAAUUCUGCUGAGUCCAUUGAGAUCCCUGACACUUCAGAACAAGUUGACUAUCCAGAUGACUUCGAGGAAAUUGAGGACAAGGACGAUCAUGAAGGAGACUGUGUGCGUGUUGAUGCUGCUCAGCAGCCACAUGAUGAAGCUCUGGUGGAAGAGUUUCAGCUCUGCGAUGCUGGAGGUUUGACCAUUACACUGAAAGUGCUGAAGGAGAAGGGAAUCGUAGGGUGACCAUUAAAGUCCCUGCAGGAUGUUCAUUAAAAAUGCCUCGCAAUUGUUCAGGUGUGGUCAUUAAAGAACUGAAGAAACUUCUCAGCAACGUGACUGUUCACGACGGAUCCAAAAUCCAAGAACUUCAGGGAAACUUGAAUGCUCUGGCACAUCAUCACAAUGAUACCAACAGUCACAGUUGCUGUGUGAAAUCUGCACACAUGUCCAAUCAAACCUUUCGUCUGUACAAAAACUUCUUCAAGAAGCUGAACACCAGAGUUUGAAAAUCAAAACCUGAUUUCACUUACAUGCAGGGCAACUUUUAACAUAAAAUAACGGCAACUUGAAAUAUAUAUGAAAUAUAGUCUAAAUUAUCCGAACACACCAAGGUACUUUCAAAUAAUAUUAAAAUCUUGAAAAGCACAACAACAGCACCUCAAGUAACGUUAGCUUGGGUCCAGGAAGUGUUCCUUCCUAAUAACCCUUGACGUAUUAAGUUUCCAAAUUUAAAAUUCUGAAUAUUCAAAAAAAAAGUAGUUUCCAUAUAUUUAUGUAUUUAUUUCAUCAUAUUUAUAUCUAUUUAUUUAAAAUGUACUGUUUUGUAUGCAACUGAAGACCUUACCUCUCAGUGAUACUGUUGUAAUAUUCACCAUGUGAAAAUAGUAAAGGGAAAGGACUGUGCUACUGUCUUCAGUAAAUUAACUUGACUAUACUUUAUUGUCUAUUUAUUUAUUUAUUUAUUGAACUAAUUAGUUUGUUUAAAAGACUUUAUUUAAAAUGUGGUAACAGUUGACUAUGUAACACUGUUUGCUGUUUUGCCUCUUCUUUUCUUUUCUUUUUUUUUUUUAAAUUAAGCACUCAGGUUUGUGGUUUUCCUUGAACUAAUAGUGAAAACUUUGUGGAAUAAAG